CUGUCCUGGAUAUUUCAUUUUUAGGAUAAUAUGUUUGCAGCGUGUUGAAGUGUCAACUAUUCUUUUCGACUUUUCCAGAUAAAAAUACUUCCCUUCAAUACAUUUUAGAUCCCUUUGUUAAUGCUGCUCUGUCUAAUGAUAGUCGGAAAUAGAAAGUUGGAACAUUUCUUUUUAAAUUUCACUGGUGAAAAACCCUAGCCUCCCUGUCUCCUCACUCCUGCUCCGUCUCUUUCCACCGAGAGCCAAAAACCGGAAGGAGUCCUUCCAUUUUGGUCAUCGUGGGAAGAACCAGCAAUCACAGUGUAAUUUGAAACUGAGAGGCGAGAAUUAAGCUUUCGAUGGACCGUGGAUCCGAUGUUGGGGUUUCAUGCGCUCAAUGCGGCAAACCUGCCCUUCUUCAGUGCCCCAAAUGCCUUGAAUUAAAGCUUCCCCGUGAAGUUGCUUCUUUCUGCACUCAGGAUUGUUUCAAGGCUUCUUGGAGUAGCCACAAAUCAGUUCAUUUGAAGGCAAAGCAGUUUGCACUUGGGACAGGUCCUCUGGCUGAACAGAAUUCAGACUCAGUUACUGAAGGGUGGCUAUAUUGCUUGAGGAAAGGACAGUCCCGAACUCCAAAAUUUCCCCAUUUUGAUUGGACAGGGACACUGAGGCCAUAUCCCAUUUCUAUCAAGCGCACUGUACCUGCACACAUAGAUCAACCUGAUUGGGCAGUUGAUGGAGUCCCAAAAAUUGAGCCUAACAGCGAGCUGCAGCAUGUUGUUGAGAUAAAAACUCCAGAUCAAAUUGAGAGAAUGCGAGAAACUUGUCGAGUAAGUUCAUUUUGUUAUUUUUAUUGUCAAAUAUUUCCCCUAUGCAUAGAGAACCAAAUUUAUUUCCCUCAUUUAGAUACUGAUAUUGUAUAAAACUUUCGUGUGGUC